AUGCCCAACGUCUUUUCCGUCCCCAUCUUCCUCGUCACCUUCCGCGAGGCCCUCGAAACGGUCAUCAUCGUCUCGGUCCUCCUCGCCUUCCUCAAACAAACCCUUGACAAUGACAAACCCCUACACAAGAGACUAGCCCGCCAGGUCUGGCUCGGCACUACCCUAGGCAUGCUCCUCACCCUGAUCGUUGCCGCCGCCUUCAUCGCCGUCUUCUACACGGCCGGCGCCAACACAUGGGAAGCCUCAGAGCUGCGCUUCGAGGGCGCCUUCUCCUUGGUCGCAUGUGUCAUCAUCAGCCUGGUGGGCGCCGCCCUGCUGCGUAUUGGUAAGAUGCGGGAUAAGUGGCGCGUGAAGUUGGAGGGGGUUAUGGAGAAGGGGGGAUCUGGGGGUGGUGGUGACGGAAAUGGUGGUGUGGGAAGGCGGGUGAAGAGGUGGAUGGAGAGGUAUGCUAUGUUUGCGCUGCCGUUUGUGACUGUUUUGAGGGAGGGGAUCGAGGCGGUGGUGUUUAUUGCGGGUGUGACCUUUUCGGCGCCCGUGAGCGCAGUGCCGUUGGCCGUCGUUGUGGGACUCGCCGCGGGGGCGGUGGUCGGGUUUGGGUUGUAUAAGGGCGGGUCUACGGCCAAGCUGCAACUGUUUCUGGUCAUCUCGACAUGUCUGCUCUACCUUGUCGCUGCCGGCCUCUUCUCGCGGGCGGUAUGGGCCUUUGAGCAACACACUUGGCAAGAACUGAUAGGAGCUGAUGCUGCAGAGCUCGGCAUGGGCCCGGGGUCGUAUGAUAUUGACCAGUCCGUGUGGCAUGUCAACUGCUGCAGCCCGACAUUCGACGGUGGUAGUGGUUGGGGUUUCUUCAACGCCAUCUUUGGGUGGACCAAUUCGGCCACCUAUGGCUCCGUCGUCUCGUACAACCUGUACUGGCUCUGUGUGAUCCUCUCAUUUCUCAUCAUGAGGUACCGCGAAGUCAAAGGCCACUGGCCGCUGAGGAAGAGCAAGGGCUCACAGUUGCCGGCGGCAGACUCGGAAGUAGAGGAAAGAAGUCAAACCGCAAGCCAAGCGGGCGAGUCUUCUGAAGACAAGAGGGAAGCGAGGGGGGCGGCGACCCGAGUUGUGGUGUAA